AUUUUUCAAUGGGUAGAUGGUCUGCGCCAUGUUCUACGCACAGUAGAUUUUCAAGAGCCACACCAUCCUUUGCGACAGGAUUCCAAAUUUCAUGAUCUUCCAUGGAGCAAAUAGCAAAUAAUUCAAUCACAGUGCUACCAAUAUUAAUUAAGAACUGAUUUGCCGAUGGCUACCGAUGUACCAAUCCUUAAUUGUAAUGGGUGUAAAUGGUGAACAUGAAUACCUGUUAGCUGUUAGCCGAUGUAAAUGGCGGCCAUUAAUACGUCUUUUUACAAUAAUUAAUCAAAAUCAACCGUUAUGAUUCUAAUCAUCGACGUAAGUUGUAAGCUCAAGUUGUCAAAAAUGACAAGUCAAAAGUCAUUCGCGCAUCUGCGACCGUGGUAAAAACAAACUUAACAAACGCCAGUCAUCUUUAUUCAAUAAAGUUGCUAUUUAUCAAAAAAAAUUAAAGAAUGUUUGAUCCGAUGGGCGCUCCACCUGCCCUUUGGCAUAAUGGACCCACUCCUGGGGGUUUCUAUAACUUUCCAGCCAUUCAAACAAGACCAAGUGAGCCAAUAACACAUUCAAAGUCUCCAGUGACCACAGCCACUUCUGUGAUAGCCCUAGCAUAUGAUAAAGGUGUAGUCAUAGCCGGCGAUCUAUUGGCUUCUUAUGGGUCUCUGGCACGUUACAAAAAUUGCCCUAGAAUUCUGAAAGUCAAUGAAAACAUCUUACUGGGUGCCAGCGGAGAUUAUGCUGAUUUCCAGUACAUUAAGAGUUUCAUUGAACAGAAAAUAAUUGAUGAAGAAUGCAUUGGUGAUAAUAUUAAACUGAAACCAAAGUCAUUGUAUUGCUGGCUUACAAGAGUUAUGUAUCAGAGAAGAAGUAAAUUUGAUCCAUUCUGGAAUAAUAUCAUUGUUGCUGGGAUUCAGGAUGGUGAACCAUUUUUAGGCCAGGUGGAUAAACUAGGAACCGCUUAUACUGAUCGAGCCAUUUGUACUGGGUAUGCAGCCCAUAUUGUGCUGCCCAUUAUAAGAGACUUUUUAGAUAAGAACCCCAACCCUACACAGGCAGAAGCAAAGGCACUGGUUCUAAAAUGCAUGGAGGUGUUAUACUAUAGAGAUGCAAGAAGUUUCUCAAAAUUCCAAAUUGGAAUUAUGGACAAAGAGGCUGGAUCUAGCAUUGAGGGGCCUCUUACUUGUGAAGAAAACUGGGAAAUUGCUUUGGUGGCUAAGAAUUAAUUAAGCAACACUUAAUUUUGUUUAUCCCAUAAAAUAAACCUUCUUUUAUAUGGACUAUUGCUUGAUUUUUCCUUGUAUACAUGUGGAAAUAGGUAUGUAUUGAAUCAGUGCAAUUUAAAAUAUGCAUCCUGUUUUAAAAUAUACUACAGUGAAACCUGGUCAAGUGGCUUAUGGAUACGUUAUUGGCAAUAACAAUGAAGUCCUGACAUUUACCUUUUGUUAAGAACUUUCAAA